AGAGCUGCUGCCUGAACAAGAUCUGUUACACACGACAAGCACGCGCAACGUCAUGACGGCAUCAUCUUUGUGGUGAAUCUCCAAUGCUCGUUAUUUUUCAACCUUUUACUCAACACUUCGUCACAACGUUUUAAGUUUACCAGUGCCAUUUGCAACCAGUGUCUAUCGUUAAUAUCGUUGCCCGGUUAAUAACAGACGCUUGGAGUGCGAUCGUUUAUAUUUUUUCGUCAUGGCAUCUUCGCCUAGUCCGUCCUCGUUGGAUUCGGUCGGCACAUCACCACUUGGUUCCUUUUCCGAUCCCAACGAGCAUCCGCUCUUGGCUCGUGAUCUCGGUCUCGGCCCUCUGGUCGGUUACGGCGAUAGUGGCGUCUUCAACGGAAUGAAUUCCACGGCAUUUUCCUCCUCCUCAAUGCUGCACAAUUCGGCUCUUAGCCUCUACCUCAAUGGAUUGGGAAGUAGCAGCAAUCUGGAAUCCGGAUCCGCUCUCAAGGACAACUUGAGCAUGGGGAGCAGUGGAACGAGCAGUCGGCCACCUAGCGGUGGAUUGCCCGGUUGCAAUUCAAGUACCAGCAGCAGUGGCGUCUCCAGCCCCGGAUUGGCUACUAAAUGCGCUGUUUGCGGCGUCGGUGACUCCUUUUCCGUUCUGCCCAAAGUUCUUCCUUGUCUGCAUGCUCUUUGUCAAAUGUGCUGGGACAAGCAGCAAAUGAACGAAGGGAUGACAACUGAUUUGCUGGACAAGAGUACUUGCUGCCCGGUUUGUAAAGCCGAUUGCCUCAUGUCCCCGCCUUCUCACCAAGGAUCGUCUUCUUCAUCAAGCCUUUUCAAAGAUUUCUCCUCGACGCUCCACAUGCUCGAGACGCCAGCCACAACUCCGCUUUCCGAAAACAAUGGAUGGAACUCGGCCACUUGCACUGCUUGCAAGGCCAAGGAUCCCGUUUUGGCUGUCGCCAAGUGUUUCGAUUGCGCUUCGCUACUCUGCACUUCGUGCGUCCUGGCUCAUCAAUUUAUGCUUUGUUUCGAGGGACAUCGACUCAUGACGUUGGCCGAGCUAGCAAAUCCGUCUUCGUCGUCGACCAACUUCACCAACAGCAAAACCGCCAGCAGGCCCUGUGUCCGCCAUCGUGGAGAAUCGGUGACUCUCUACUGCCACACUUGUUCCGUCCCGGCAUGCACCCAGUGCUUGUUGAUGGAACAUAGCGGCCCAGCUCACGACAUCGAGGCUCUCAACGAAGCGGCUCCUCGCCUAGCUCAUCAACUAAACCGUACUCUGAAUGAUGCCCGCGCCAAGGCUGCUGAACUCAAGACCGUCGUCCAAGCUGCCGAGUCUGCUGUCAACAAGAUGUCCAAUCAGCUGUCCAAGGCUCAGACGGAUGUCACUGAAACAUACCAUUUUUACCGUGCCGCUUUGGAUGAGAGGCGCGAAGAGUUACUCCGUGAAUUGGAGAGCGUCUACAACAAUAAGCAGACUACACUCAACGAUCUUGGACACAAGACACAGGAAGCAGUGGAACGUAUUCUCAAGACGUGCAGCUUUGUCGAACGCCUUGUGAAGCAAUCAUCUCCCGUCGAGGCUCUUCUCUUCAAGAAAGAACUUGAUGCCAAAUUCGCUGCCCUGUUCGCUUUCUGCCCACCUGAUUUGAACCUUCAAGGCUCCCUCGAUGUCGAGUUCAUGUCCAACUACAAAGCCAUUCAGAUUGGAGUCCGCAACACGUACGGCUACAUCCGGUCGACUAACGAGCCCAACACACCUGGAUCUUUCAAUGCAGCUGCAGCUGCCGCCGCCGCCGCUUCGAAAAUGCAGCCACCCAUCGCUCGACCCACUUCGAUGCUGUUGGGUUCCAAUUACUCGGUCAAUGGAGUCAAUCUGACCCUCAACAAUGGACGUUUGAGCCCAGCUGGUAGCUUGGCCACACCAAAUGGCGAUUCACAUUUCAUGGCUAAGAGAUUCCCAACAUCGGCGUCGAGCAACAGCUUUGGAUUGGGAUUGAAUGACCUCGGCUUGGGUACCCCCACUCUGUCGCAACCACCGACUUAUGAAAAAUGGAGCAAUAAUGCCGGAGGAUUUGAUUCGUUCCAGAUGCCACCUUCCACCAUGCGCUCAGACGGAUCGUCGAUGACGUCGAUGGCCAACGACCCAUCGCUCUUCGAACUCUCCAAGCUUAUGUCCAACACUUCGCUCUAUCCUCCGCGCUCGCAGAUUAAACGCCAAAAGAUGAUUUACCACUGCAAAUUUGGUGAAUUCGGUGUUAUGGAGGGCCAGUUUACUGAACCGUCUGGUGUGGCCGUUAAUGCUCAAAAUGACAUUAUCGUUGCUGAUACCAACAACCAUCGCAUCCAGAUCUUCGACAAGGAAGGGCGCUUCAAGUUCCAGUUUGGCGAAUGCGGCAAGAGAGAUGGCCAAUUGCUGUACCCUAAUCGCGUUUCGGUCGUGAAAACCUCCGGUGACAUCAUCGUUACUGAGCGUUCGCCCACUCAUCAGAUCCAGAUCUACAACCAAUACGGACAAUUCGCACGCAAGUUCGGUGCCAACGUGUUGCAACAUCCCCGCGGCGUUACUGUCGACUCCAAGGGCCGUAUCAUCGUGGUCGAGUGUAAGGUGAUGCGUGUCAUCAUUUUCGAUCAGAUGGGCAACGUACUGCACAAAUUUGGCUGUUCGAAACACCUAGAAUUCCCCAACGGUGUGGUGGUGAACGACAAGCAGGAGAUCUUCAUCUCGGACAACCGUGCUCACUGCGUCAAGGUUUUCAGCUACGAAGGUGUCUUUCUGCGUCAAAUUGGUGGCGAAGGUCUGACCAACUAUCCCAUCGGUGUUGGCAUCAACUCUGCCGGCGAGAUCCUAAUCGCCGACAACCACAACAACUUUAACUUGACCAUCUUCACUCAGGAUGGACAGCUGAUCUCGGCGCUCGAAUCCAAGGUCAAGCAUGCCCAGUGCUUUGAUGUAGCCCUCCUCGACGAUGGUUCCGUCGUCUUGGCCAGCAAAGAUUAUCGUCUAUACGUCUACCGUUACGUGCAAAUCCCUCCUCUGGCGUUAUAAUCGGUCGUUGAUUUUUUUUUCCUUUUUCAUUCUAUUUUCGCGCCCUCCAUACAUUAUCUCUUGUCAAUCUACAUAUCCCCUUGGGUCUUAUCGUCAGGAACCAGAAGUUCCCGAUUUUUCGCAUCUCUCCAGCGACGGGGGGAUUUGAAUAAUGCACUUAUAUCGAUCUUGUUUUUAAUCAAUAAUUGGUUGAACAUUUUUUUUUUUUUGAGUUCGCAUCAGUCGACUCGGUAGUUCGACUUGGUAGAAGAAGAAAAAAAAACGAACUAGUCAUGAAAUUAUCGGAUGUAGCUCCGGAGAAAUCAAUCUCCCCCCUUUUUUGUAGCCAGCUCGAGGGAAAGAAAAAUUGUGGAACGUUUUGGCCAAGGUUUGGCGAAAACCUCAUAUUGAAAAAAAAAAAAGAAAGAAAAGAGAAAGUUUUUGAAUGGAUUUUUCAAGUCAAGUAAAGAUAAAAGAAAGUUCUCCGCGAAAAAGAAAACGUUGACUCUGAGACUUGGUUAACAUAGCAGCUGUCGUGCAGUUUAGCAAUAGCUCCUUUAUUUUUUGCUCUCAUUUUUUUUUUUUAAUUGGGUAGUUUGAGAAAUGCUCACGAAAUGAUUAGAAUGUUGGCUUUGUUGUAUCAACGGUACAGCCCCCCUUACCCUCCUGCGCCAGUUCUUUUUGAUGGUAGUUUUUAUUUUUGUUUAAUACUUUUGUUGGCCGUAAGUAAUAAGAAGUGGGAAAAGAAUUUCUUUGUUUGCUUGUAUAACUAUGUCAUGAUGCGCCCGUCAUCCUGGGAUCCAAAAAGAAACAAAUCUUUGGGCUCGUGGACCAAUCCGAAUCUAUCCAAACUGUCUUCUUCUCUCUUUCGUAAAAACUAUCACUCAGAGGCUCAACUGAUCAAGAACGUGCACAAUCCUGUUGAUCCGUUUUAAAAAAAUUUUUUCUCGAAUUCCUCAAAACUUAUGAAGCACUCUUCAAGUAUUGUCAUUUCGAACAAGUCAUUACUCUCGGCCUGUGAUAGGAGUUAAGCCUCACUAUUCUUUCUCUGGUUAACUAUUACUGCUUUUUCUCUUUAAAAACAACAAGUUUCGCCUUUUGCAAUGGCAACCAUCUUCAUUCUUUUUUCUUAUUAUUAUUAUCUACUAGAAAUGUUAACGAGAUGACUCCUCUUUCUGUGAUGUGGUCGCUCUCUUUUCACAAGCUUUUCUGCCACACUCCUCGGCUAUGAUCUCGUCAGUUAAA